GGCCAGACAGAAGAACUCCUCAGCCACUAUACAGUAAGCCACCAGCGCUCCACUGCCUGCCUUCCAGGGCCAGGUCUGUUGUCUUACUGGGUUUUCUGUGGUGUGGAUCUUCUUCACAACAAAGCAGGGAAUCAUGAGGUCCCCUCCCCAACCUUCAGCACCUUCCAGCCCAUGAACUUGACCCAGGGGAGAUGCCAGGACUUGGGUUGGGGGAGCAAGCUCAGCAUACAGGCUCUGAAGCUCAACCCCAGGGCCACCCACACUAUGGCUUCUGCCUCAGCCCCAGGAGCUGCCUGGAUCCUGGGGAAGACUGAGAAGGAGGAAGAGGUACCUGGGAAAGGUGGCCUGUCAUUGCAAGCUGAGACCAGAGCCUGGGUCCAGAAGACCCAGGCCCACUGGCUCUUGCUCAGGACUGCCCCAGUUUGGUUCCAUGGCUUCAUUACCAGGAGGGAAGCUGAGAGGCUGCUGCAGCCCCAGCCUCAAGGAUGCUAUCUGGUACGCUUCAGCGAGAGCGCCGUGACCUUCGUGCUUUCCUACAGGAGCCGGACCUGCUGCCGUCACUUCCUCCUUGCCCAGCUGGGGGAUGGGCGUCACGUGGUGCUGGGCGAAGACAGUGCCCACAAGCAGCUUCAGGACCUGCUUCAACACUAUACAGCGUGUCCCCUCAGCCCCUAUGGGGAGAUGCUCACCCAGCCCCUUGCCCGCCAGACUGCUGAGCCCACUGGACUUUCCCUGAAGACUGAAUCAGACUCCAGAAGCAAAAGACAGGAGGAUCCAAACAGCCAGCCCAGCCUGCUCAGCCAACAGGGGCAGACCCAGGCCCCAGCACAAAAAGAGAAAGUGUGGGCCUCCCAACCCAAGGAGACUUCACCGGCACCCAGACCCAGGCCUCCCAUCCCUGCCAAGCCUCAGCUUCCAUCUGAAGUCUAUGCAAGUCCUGCUUCACGACCCCAACGGGCUCUACCCAUUAACCCCAUCUACCAGGAGCCUGAUGAGCCCAUAGCCUUCUACGCCAUGGGGCGGGGCAGCCCUGGGGAAGCCCCUAGUAAUAUCUAUGCUGAGGUAGAGGGGCCAUCAGGAACAGCACCCACUGGGCACCCCAUCCUCCGGAAGUGCUGGUCCAGGCCCAUCUCAGGAGGCCAGGCAAAGGGAGUACAAGAGAAGAAAAGCUCAAGAAGGCCAGCAGAAAGAGGAAGCUCCUCCUGACCAGUGGACGAGGUGAAGGUCAGUGGACCGAAGCAGGACGGAGCAGUCCAUGCUGCCGGAGAACUUUGUCCAGCUCCAGGCUCGAGACUCCAGGCUCUAUCUGCACUCUACAUUCACAAGCUCACCUCUGUGAAGCCCUACCUGCCCCACUUCAGAGAAAAAUAAGGAAGACAGGGCUCCCUCAACCUUCCUCCUCCCAACCAGCAUCUUGCCUUCCUCAGAUACAUGUGGUACUGAUCCAGCUCUCCCAGAGAAAGGCACUUAGGAUCCCAGUUGUCACCCCCAGUGUGCAC